CUGGGCUGGCAACCUCAAGAGGUUUCUGCCGCGCACAGAGAGAAAACAGUGCGGAAUAAAGUCAAAACUCAGGUCGUCUUUUAAAUCUACAGCGAAUUAACUUCACCCAAGAAGUUUCUGCUACGGUCCCAUGUUGGCGAGUUGUCGCGUUUAUUUAAUGACUUUUUGUAGUUUUGCUGUGUUUAAACACCGAUGGUUUAAUAAAUGCAGUGACGAAGAAAAGGGAGCUUGAAGCACGUUAAGCAACGAAGGAAUUGGUAUUUUGUCGGGCUAAUAAUGUUAAUGUGGCGACAGUCCCAAGGCGGUUUGCCUUUGGUAAGCUAAAGUUAUCUGGCGUAAAUGCUCCGCAGCGAGGGAAUAUUAUAACUUUGGUCGACAUUGGAGUCCUUUCCGAGGAGAAGUCUUUUUGGUCUUAAGCGUCCUUGCCUUGCUGCUGAAGUUGUACGGCCGUAAGGUGCAGUCGCGCCGGGGAAAGGCACAGCGCGACGGCCGCCACUCUCCGGCUAGCUCGCCUGCUGCUUCUGUUUGUUGGAUCGAGGCCUUGUCGGAGAGGCGACAAUGCUUGACAUAAUGUCUGAGCACCAAGAUUCACUGUUGACAUGCAAAACGGAACCUUUGCCUCCAGAAAGGAAAAAGAGGACUGUUGAAGACUUCAACAAGUUCUGCAGCUUUGUCCUGGCAUAUGCUGGGUACAUCCCCAGUUCAAAAGAGGAAAGCUCAUGGUCCCCGACAUCAUCCAGCUCUGCACACAGUUCAGGAUUGUCAGCAGAUGGAGGUGGUGGAGGCAGCAGCUCCAUGGGCAAUGCUUGGGCAGAUGGAGGCUCCGACAUCCACACCAUCCAUACAUUUGUUCGUAAAGCCCGAGCAAAUAAGGGCAAAAGUAUUCGCCACAUGCGCUCUGACAGCACUCUGCUAGAUAAGAUGCGCCUUAAAGACUCCCUGUAUGAGAGCCAUGCCAGCAGUAAGGCUGAGCGCAAGAAGGACAAAAAACUGAAAAAGUUGUCACUGGGUUCUGCAGGGACGGCGGCAGAUAGUGGUAGUAGUGAGAGCGAGAAAAGAGCCCGCAUUAAACGCAGCAAAAACUCAAAACAGCCAAAGGCUAAGAAGCUCAAGAGUUCAGCAGCACAAAGUGAGACAGACUCAGAGGCGCGGCAUACACACACCGAUGAACGACCAGUCAGAGCAGAUCUGGCGGUACACAGGAGCUCCACCCUGAGCAUGCAUGGCUUGGGGAAGACGCAGCCUGGCGAGUCUAUCAGGGAAGCAGAGAUGAGCUCCAGUGAGGGAGAGACCUGGAUUGCAGAUGAAGACAUUAUGGUGGAGUCAGGUGACGACUCGUGGGACUUGAUCACUUGUUACUGUGGGAAGCCAUUCGCAGGGCGACCAAUGAUCGAGUGCAACCAGUGCAGCAUAUGGGUGCACUUGUCAUGCGCAAAGAUCAAGAAGUCCAAUGUUCCCGACAUCUUUUACUGCCACAAGUGCAGGGACUUGCGGCGGUCAGGACACAAAAAAGACACCUAAAGGUGAUGAGGACUGGGGGUGGGUGGGCGGUGUCACCCUUCCUGUUUUUUUCUGGCCUCUGACACUUUCUUUGAUGCCUACAGCCAGAACAGCCUAAAUCAUCACUUGGAUGGAAACUGUAUUGUCAGUUUUUUAGGAUUUCUUUUGACAAUCACAACCAUUCUUAUAUAGCCCUUACUCUUUUUUUCAUGGUCUGUUUUUCUUUGGCGACUGAAGAACUGGACAGAAGGCAACAGUGACAGUGGAGACUCAUUUGUUACUAAUUUGUACAAGAAUUGGCUUUAUUGUAUUAUGUGCUUGUGAUGUGCACAUCAUUAUUCACUUGUUUUCAUAUAGUCACUGAAGGCGUAUUUUGACACUCUUGAGAAUAUUCACAAAUCAUUUACAUUUUUUUUUUUGUGUGUGUGUCUCUCUCUCUCAAGGAGUACUAUUAUCAGUUUGAUAUCAGUUUUCCUAACUUUGAAUUCACGUUUUAAACGUUGACAAACAUACUGCUGAAGAGAUGGAGAAUCUCACUCCUGUUAUUUGUUUAGAAGUAUUUCACGAUGCUGGAUGGGCAGCUCAUUUUAUUUUUGAUAGUAAUUUGGCAAUUUAUUUGUGGUCGACCACCAAACUUGAAGGUGUAGCGACCUCACUCUAAAAUAAUUUUUUUUUUUUUUUAAGUCAGCUGACAUUUAUUUUGCAGGUGCAUCUAAAUUGCUAAAAUUCAAAUGGCACACAGACAAUUCUUCAGUGCACUUUUAAAAAUGUAAGCCCAAAUACCUUUUCCACUGCAUAUAUGGAUGGUAUUGGGAAUAUGAGCUGUGGCUGAUUACAUCUGUAUUUAGCAUGUAGCUGUGUACAUUCAUGAUUGAGUGCUUAAUAUUUCUCCCUCUCUCGCUUGUUAAUGGAUAAUUGAUAGCCAUUUACCAUGAACAACAUUUACAUUGAAGUGUUAUAUUUUAAUGUCUUUGUUUAAUUUGGUUUAUUUUUUAUGUGUGUUUAAAAACUCGUUGAAAUGAGAGGGUAUUGUUGCUGGAAGUCGACUGGUUUGGCAGUGUCAAAGUGGCUCUGAGGCUCGUCUAUGAAUGGUUGUAAAAUAUUUUUCUAUUUCAUGUUUAUUUCUUAGCUUUCUGAGAAGUGAGAUUAGCGCUCCACCCGUGCCAGAGAAUGGAUAUAAGAUUAUCUCACGUCGAGAACAAAGUUGUAGUGUACAGAAAAUAAGUUGACACCACGUCGACUGUGGCAUUUAUGUUGUUUGGUUUUACCAUGUGCUUUUUUUGGGUUGUCGUUGUUGUUGGUGGUGAGAAAGUCUCCAGUAGCAGUUGCACUCUCUCUCCAACUUCAAUUUUUGUGUACAUAUCUUGUUCUUUAACAACUGUACAUAUGUGAAAGUGAAGAGAGAAAAUACCCAAACAAAGUCUAUAUUUUCUGCAGUCUGAUAUUGUUUUCUUUAAUUGUAGCUUGAAAAAUAAAAGUCUUUGGGAACAUA